AUGAAGGUCACGUUCCGAGAUCUGAAGCAACAGAAGUUCGUCCUCGAGGUCGAACCCACCGACCUGAUCUCGGCUGUCAAGGAAAAAAUCUCCGGAGAGAAGGGGUGGGACCCUAAGCACCAGAAGCUCAUUUAUUCCGGCAAAAUUCUGAAGGAUGAUGAGACCGUCGCUUCCUACAACAUCGAGGAGAAGGGCUUUGUCGUCUGCAUGGUGAACAAGCCCAAGGAGAAACCAGCCCCUGCCGCUGAGUCUUCAGCUGCUGCUCCUCCAGCCACACCCGCACAGCCUGUUGCAAGUACUCCUGCUGUUCCAGCUGCUCCCGCCCAACCUUCCACUACUCAGUCCGCCGCCCCGGCCACGCCAACUCCGCAACGUUCUGGCGAAGCUGGGGGGGAGACAGGCUCAGGCCUGGCUAUGGGUGCUGAGCGAGCUGAGGCCAUUACAAACAUGGAGGCUAUGGGAUUUGAGAGGAGUCAGAUCGAGGCCGCUAUGCGCGCUGCCUUCAAUAACCCUGACCGUGCGGUCGAAUAUCUUUUAAAUGGUAUUCCUGAGAACAUUCAACAAGAACAGCAUGCUCGCCAGGCUGCCGCAGCCGGACCGACGCAGGCCACCCCUGCCGCCCCCGCCGCUCAAGAGGGCGGAGAGGAUGAUGGAGGCGUAAACCUCUUCGAUCUUGCCGCUCAGGCUGGUGGGGGUGGUCGCGGAGGAAGUGGCAGUGGUAGCGCGGCUGCUGCUGCUGCGGGUGCAACUCAGGGUGGUGCAGAUCUGGGCAACUUGGAUUUUCUCAGACAUAACCCUCAGUUCCAGCAGCUCCGCCAAGUUGUUCAACAGCAGCCUCAGAUGCUCGAGCCUAUUCUACAACAGCUUGGCGCCGGCAACCCCCAACUUGCACAGCUGAUUGCCGCCAACCCCGACCAGUUCCUCUCGCUUUUGGGCGAAAGCGCCGACGACGACGUUCCCCUGCCCCCCGGCGCCCAGGCUAUCUCUGUCACAGAAGAAGAGCGCGAUGCUAUUGAACGGCUAUGUCGUCUUGGUUUUGAUCGUGACCAGGCCAUCCAGGCUUAUUUUGCAUGUGACAAAAACGAAGAGCUCGCCGCAAACUUCUUAUUCGACCAGCCUGAUGACGAUGAACCUCCUACCAACUAA